AUGCCUACCUACAUUGUUACCUGCAAGUCAGAUGCCAGCCCCGAGCAGGUUGCUGCAGCGAAGAAGCACGCUCAGGAUCAAGGCGGCAAGAUUGGUCACGAAUAUAAUCUUAUCAAGGGCUUCUCCGUUACAUUCCCUAACGAUGCUGUCACUACGUUGGAGUCCCACGAGCAUGUCCAGGGCGUCGAGCUCGACCAAGAAAAAUGGUCCCACCCGCCGAGCACCGCGACGGUGGCUGAUGACGAGAUAUCCGAGCUUACCAACAAGCAUCAACAUCCUUUGAGCCUCGCUGAUCUGGUUAAACAUGGCCGUCCCCCAAUCUCCGAAGAAGCCCUCUUCUCCUCGGCCAACUUCACCCUCUCGCUCCUCCCCAUCCGACUCGCCCACCGGAUCCAGGCGCUGCGCAACCUUCCCUUCAUCGUAGUGUCGAACCCGAACAUCAGCAAGAUCUACCACAACUACCUGCAUUCUCUCUCGACCCUCCUCCCCUGGAAGCACCGCACCAUCGCCAACCUCGACGCCGAGAUCCGCUUCACCCAGAUCCUCGCCGAUCUCGUGCACACGCACCAGGACACCAUCCCAAUUCUCGCCAAGGGCUUCCUCGAGUGCCGCCGUUACAUCUCUCCCGCCGAGGUGACUCACUUCCUCGACACACACCUGCGCACUCGCAUCGGCACGCGUCUGAUCGCCGAGCAGCACAUCGCCCUGCACUACAGCUCUCUCCCGCACUUCGAUCCGGGCGCCUCUCCGACACCUUGUCCCGAACACCCGUCCUACAUCGGAGUAAUCGACACCGCGCUCUCUCCCUCCGAAGUAGUAGACUCGUGCGCGGGCUUCGUAGCCGACAUCUGCGAGCUGAAGUACGGGGUACGCCCGCACUGGGUCAUCGACGGCGAGCCCGAAACGACAUUCGCCUUCGUGCCCAUGCACCUGGAGUACAUCGUGACCGAGCUCCUAAAAAACGCGUUCCGCGCCACCGUCGAGAACGGGCGCAACCGGGAACCCGUCGUGAUAACCAUCGCGCCGGAGCCGCCGGACGCGGGCCCGCCGCGCGUGACCCUCGACCCGCCGGCCGGCGACAAGGGCGCCUUCAGGGGCGACGCCAUCAAGCCGCUCGACGACAACGCGCCGGGCGUCACGAUCCGCAUCCGCGACCGCGGCGGCGGCAUCGCGCCCGAGGUCCUGCCCAACAUCUGGAGCUACAGCUUCACCACCUUCAGCGAGGAGGACGAGGUGCCCUCCGGUGGCGGCAGCAGCAACAAGGACGCGCUCAGCGUCAUAUCGGCGGCCGGUGGAGGCGGCAGCUCCAUCGCCGGUUUGGGUUACGGGCUGCCGCUUAGCCGCGCCUACGCCGAGUACUUCGGCGGCGGCAUCGCCGUGCAGAGCUUGUAUGGUUGGGGCACCGAUGUGUAUCUUCGGCUCAAGGGCGUGGGGAAGAUCGACGAUACGAUUAGCGUGUAG